AUGGACAAAUUCAGAAAGUCUUUCAACAAAUCUCCCCAACACGAACCACAGAUCGAGCUUGAAGAAAAGCAAAUCCUGCUUCACGUGAACGAUAACGCCGUCGAUCAGUUUCCAUCAGCUACUAUGUCUUCCUCUCUGCCACUUCCGGAUUCCGGCGAACGCCGGAGAGAUACAGGUAAAGGUACAAACGGUAAUGUCGAUCUUAUAAAAGAAGCAGAGCUGGCGUCAUACAAGUUCAACUCUGUUGUGGACCAACAAAACCCUAACAAAGUUUGGAGAGAAUCAAGUUACGAUUUCUCGAAAAACAAUGAUAACUUUGAUUUCAUGACUUCUGAUACGCCAUCGACGCAACAGUCUACCCCGUUAUCAAGGAUAGCCGAAAGUCCGAGUAACUACGGCAUGCUCUCGCCUAAGGAAGUUAGGGUUUCGUUUCAUGAUGAGGUGAUUGAGCCACAGCCUCUACGGCAGAGGUCCAAUGGUAGUGGUAGUGGUCGUGGCGGCGGCGGCGGCGGUGAAGAAGUGUUGAUUUGCUCCUCGAAUGCUUCGUUUAAGAGAAAAUCGAGCUUAAUGCGGACGAAAACGAAGUCUAGAUUAAUGGAUCCACCGGAGAUAGAUCAGAGGUCCGGUAGACAAUCGAAGUCGGGAAUUUUAGGGAAAGGUGGUAGUGAAAUCGACGAAGACGAUCCGUUUUUGGACGAUGAUUUACCUGAUGAAUAUAAGCAAAUAAGGUAUAACAAAUGGACUUUACUUCAGCUAUUCGGUUUAAUCCUCAUUCUUGCUGCUUUAAUUUGUUCUCUCACAAUUCCUUAUUUCAAGAACAAGGAAAUCUAUGAUCUUGUGUUGUGGAAAUGGGGGGUUAUGAUGUUGGUUUUGAUCAGUGGACGAUUGGUUUCAGGGUGGGCGAUUAGGGUUCUUGUAAACUUGAUAGAAGGAAACUUCUUACUUCGGAAAAAAGUUUUAUAUUUCGUGUAUGGAUUACGAAAAGCAGUUCAAAAUUGUGUUUGGUUAACUUUAGUUCUAAUCGCUUGGCAAUGCAUAUUUGAUAAAAAAGUGGAACGAAUGGCACAUGGGAAGGUUUUGCCUUAUGUGACAAAGAUUUGGAUAUGUCUUUUAGUGGGGACAAUCGUUUGGCUAUUGAAAACAUUAUUAGUCAAAGUUCUUGCAUCUUCUUUCCAUGUGAGCACGUUUUUUGAUCGGAUUCAAGAAUCUUUAUUCAAUCAAUAUGUAAUCGAAACCCUUUCGGGCCCACCCGUGAUUGAGAUCCAACAAGUACAGGAAGAGGAGGAUCGAAUGAUGGCAGAGGUUCAAAAGCUUCAGAAUGCUGGUGCCAUUUUGCCACCCGAUCUUAAGGCGAAUAUAUUCAAGAAAAGUGGAAGGUUUAUAGGCACUUCAAGAACCAGUACUCCCAUGGCUGGUAAAAGUGGUAAAUUUUCUGAAGCUAACACGCCUAAAAAGGCUGAAGAGGGGAUCACAAUUGAUCACUUGCAUAGGUUAAAUCAGAAGAAUAUAUCGGCUUGGAAUAUGAAAAGAUUAAUGAAUAUUGUUAGAACAGGAGUUUUGUCUACUUUAGAUGAACAACUUGAGGGUGCAACAGGUGAUGAAGAUGAGUCUGCAGUGCAGAUCACAAACGAAAAACAAGCCAAAAUUGCAGCCAAGAAAAUAUUUUGUAAUGUCGCUAAGCAAGGCUCCAAGCGUAUUUAUCUAGAGGAUUUAAUGCGUUUUCUGAGAGACGAUGAAGCUUUGAAGGCGAUUCGACUCUUUGAUAGUGAUUGUGAAACCAAAGGAAUUAGCAAGGCACUUCUCAAGAAUUGGGUGGUUAAAGUAUUCCGAGAGCGAAGAGCUCUUGCAUUAUCUCUGAAUGACACAAAAACAGCUGUAAACAAACUCCAUCAAAUGCUGAAUAUAGCUGUCGGGAUCUUAAUAAUCGUGAUCUGGCUUCUUAUACUUAAAGUUGCAAGCACGCAUUUCUUCAUAUUCCUAAGCUCACAACUCCUUUUAGUUGUGUUUGUGUUUGGUAACACAUGCAAGACGACAUUCGAAGCCAUUAUUUUCUUGUUCGUAAUGCAUCCGUUCGAUGUCGGUGAUCGUUGCGAGGUCGAUAGUGUUCAGAUGGUAGUUGAGGAGAUGAAUAUAUUGACCACAGUUUUCUUGAGGUUCGACAACCAAAAAAUUAUAUAUCCAAACAGUGUCUUGGCCACAAAACCAAUCGCCAAUUACUACCGUAGUCCCGAUAUGGGAGAUGCUGUUGAGUUCUGUAUCCACGUAUCAACCCCUAGCGAAAAGAUUACUCUCAUGAAGGAGAGGAUAACAAGCUAUAUUGAGAAGAAGAGCGACCAUUGGUACCCGGCGCCUAUGAUUGUGUUGAGGGAUGUAGAGGACAUGAAUCGGUUAAAGAUAUCGAUAUGGCUUUCACAUCGUAUGAACUUCCAAGACAUGGGUGAAAGAUGGCAACGAAGAGCUCUUUUAGUUGAGGAAAUGAUUAAAGUUUUUAGAGAGCUGGAUGUUGAAUACCGCAUGCUGCCUGUUGACAUCAAUGUCCGUAACUUGCCGAAUGUGACAUCGAAUCGGCUUCCAUCCACGUGGAAUACUUUGGCAAACUGAUAUAGAUAUGUCUCAAGUGAGGUACAUGACCUGUUUAUUGAUGAAGGCGUUAGGUCUAAUUUUGCAGUGCGUUGUACGCUAUGAUCUUGUGGUUUGAUACUUUAGAUGUUGCGAUAUUUUGAUGUAUAUACAGAUAACAUAAGGAAUUCUUGGAGCCCAUUCCCUUAGGCACGUUUGUUCCAUAUAUGAUCAAUUUUGUGGGUCGUAUGUUUUUUUAAUUAUAUACAUUGACGUUCUUAUUAAAAAGUCA